GCGAAGACGACGAGCAACACCAGCAGACCAUAUUAGAUAGGACCACAGUGCAACUCCCUGCAAGCAGUCAAGCAACUGGCCCUCCCUCCCUCCAACCAAGCAGCAAGGGAGAGUAAGGCAGGCGAGUCAGCCAGCAAGCAAGACAAACAACAGACAACCGUCGACGCUCAUGACCAUGGUCACGAUCCUUGUCGCUGGGGGUGGCAUCGGCGGCCUCGCGUUUGCCUGCACGCUUCUUGAAGAAAAGAGCACACAGAACACCCAUCAGGAGGCACACGGCACACGGGUGGUAGUGUUGGAGCGGGCAUCAUCCGCAGAGGCAAUGAAGACACAACUGAGCCACUCGCUGUCGUUGCGCGCAGAUGUGGGUGGUAUCCGUGCGGUCGCACGCCUUGGGCAGGAGGAGGAAUUGCGUGCGUCAGCAACAGGCUCACAGGGCUUCAUUGUGGCUGAGGUGGUGGACCGGCAAGUGCGCAAGGUGCUUGCUUCGGAUGAGGUGUUCAGCAACGCAGGUGGUGGCAUCCGCAUCAACCGAUUCGUCCUCUGGCAAGCGCUGCUAAAGCGAGCUCAAGCACUCGGCGCAGACGUGCGGUUUGGUGCAGAGGUGACCGGAUUACAACAGAUUGAUCUCAAGGACCACCGCGGCGAGAGUGGCGUGACAUCAACCACACAGCAUUGUGUGGAGGUAACGUUGGCGGAUGGCCCAAUACUUCGAGGUGACGUGCUUGUGGCGGCAGAUGGCGUGGGUUCUGUGGUGCGUCGUAUCCUUGUGCCGACCUGGACACCGAACUUCCUCGACACCAUCAUUGUUGGUGCCACGGUGGACGUUGAUGACACCGAUGCAGCCCUCCCUUCUGCGCUUCGCCGCAGACAUGGCAGCGUGUGCGGCCGCAGAGGCACGUCCGUGUUUAUUGCUGAUGAGGGCAACAACCGCGUCUUGGUCGGCCUUGCUCUCCCCACUUCACACACCACGAGGUGUCGACGCGACGCCCUGCAACAUGACAAGGCGCUCCUGGCCCGUGCACUGGACGCUGCGACGGAGUACGGUGAUGAGCUGCAGCCGCUGAUCGCCAAGGCGCUGCUUGCACCUUCCGCAAGUGUGAUCACGUGUCGCGACGGCAUGUGCAUCCCCCCGCAAGGCCGCGUUGUCUUCAUAGGCGAUGCAAGCCACCCCGUCAGCCCGUUUGCUGGAGCCGGUGCCAACAUGGCACUGGUUGACGCCGUUCAGCUCGCAGACAUGCUCUCGGAUGCACUCACACCACACGAAGGUUUUGGAGUGCCACACGACAUACCAUGCGUCCUGCUGCAGUUCUUCGAGCAAACAGCUCCGAAGUGGAACAAGGUUGUGCAGCGACAACGCAGUACCAUCCAGGUGCUCCACACCACGUCCAAGACCGGCCUCUUCCUGCGCGAUACAACGUUUGCGGUCUUCCGUUUCGCCGUCGUCCACCCGCGCGUCUCUGCCGUCACAGCUACCACAACACUCGCUGCGCUUGUGGCCGGUGUUGCAUGUGGGGUGUGGCGCCUGGUCCGCGCUCUCGCUUGA